AUGAUCGCCGAAUCCUCGAUAUCGUGGGAAGAAUUGGAAGCUGCCAUGAAUUCGGCAUUUUCCGUGAAAACCCGAAUAGGACCCCGACGAUCCGUCAAGCGUAUUGGGGAAGGAAAUGGCUUUCUCUCCACUAUUUAUCGCAUUGAUUUGGACUGGCAAGGAUCAGAAGAUGGUGGCAAAACCCCGCCAAAAACUUGUGCUCUAAAAGUCUCUUCGCUCGGCGUGGUGGAGGAUCUCUUCGAGAUUAUUGGCAGCAGCGAUAAGAAGCAUUUGAAGGAAUAUUACGCUAGAUCCAUGGCCGAUAACGAGUUGUUCUUCUACUCGAAAAUUGGGGAGUUUGGGCUCGAGAGGGUUCGGACUCCACGUUUUUAUUGUGGGCGGAAAUUUGAUGGGAAGACCAGCUUUCUGGCCAUGGAGCUCCUCGAAAAGGCCUCCAUUUGCCAUAUCUACGACAUGAGCUCCGAGGCGCAGAUUCUAGCCGUGCUCGACCAAUGCGCGAUGGUGAAUGGAAAAUCUCUCUCACACGUGGAGACGAUAGCAAAAUGCAUAGAUGCAGGAUUCUAUGACCAACUGGUCGAGGAUUUCAACACCAAAGAGAAAACAGCGGCCGGAAUCCUGCGACUAAUGGAAAGGUUUUUGAGGACCCGAAAUAUCAUAUUGAGAAGCGGAAAAAGAAUUGCCCGAUCGACAUGUUGUGCCAAGGAGAUCUCUGGGCCCCCAAACGUGAUGUGGAAAAAGGAGGGCAACGAGGCUGACUUGAUGGGGAUUUUGGAUUGGCAGCUUGUCCACCUCGGGAACCCGCUGGAAGACGUAUUUAAAUGGAUAUCUUUAACAAUCCAGCCCGAGGACUACACGAGCCGCCGCGACUUCUACCUCAAAUUUUACUACGAAGCCCUGCUAAGGUAUGCGGAUGGCAAAGAAAUUCCCUGGAGCAGUUUGGAAGAGUUCAUUUCCGCCUUCGAAUUGAUGUACGUCUGGCAAACGGCGCUGUAUUGUCGGAUCGUUGCCAAUACAGGAGAUAUGCUGUUCGAUGGCAUGACAGACAGCGAAAAGGAGCCGCUGAAACGUUUGUACCACGGAAAAUUCUUCAAAAUGCUGGACGAGGCGGCCCGAAUCAUAGAUCUGAGGGCGCAGGAAAUCCUG